UUUAAAAUUUCGCAAAGUCCACAAAAGGCAUUCACUUUAAAAAAUCUCCAAAAGUCUUUAAAAGUCUCAAUUGAAUACACAUCCCUUAAGUAAAAAGUUCGAUGAAAUUAACCCCAAAACUUUACUAUUUAUUUAAAGAUUUCACCUAAAUCAAUCAAACUAAAAAUUUAGUAACAAAUUUACUUUACACCUAAAAUGUUUAUACGUUUCAAGUAUUUACUUCAACUACUAUCUUGAAACAUCGAUUCUGAUCUUGACUUGUUAACACACACAAUUUCUUACAAUUUUGGCCAUUUUUCAAGAUGGAAUGUCAAAAAAGACAUUUCUUUCAUAAUUUUAUUCACUCAUUAAAAAAGGAAAAGUUUUAAUUUGUUAAAAAUUACUUAUAAACAAACAAACACGUUCUUAAGCAAGAACCAGCGACUGUCCGGCACAAGCCUUGCGACCUGCAAAUUGUAGAGACGAGAUUCUCCCUCCAAUAUUAGAUACACAAUGCUUCAGCUGUUUCUCUCUGAGCCGAAAUGGAUUGAUCACAAUGCUAAUGAUGAAUCUGCUAAGCAAAAAAAAUAUCUUCUGAGUGAGUUAGAAUCACUUAUCCAGUCAUUAAUGUCUUCAAGUGGCCGAUCAGAAGCUCGGCUCUGGCUUUGCAACACCCUUUCAGGAAUAAGUUCUAUUAGCCCACGCCGCCAACAAGAGCUAUUUUUGAGCUUACUGACAUCCAAGCCAACAAAGCAGCACUUAGCAGCACAACUUCUGCAAUUGAUAUUCGAUAAGCAGCCACAAAAGGUGGGACCUAUUAUAGCCAAAAAAAGUUACAUGUUACAGGAUUUCUUCAGAGGAAACCCAGUACGUAUCUUGCAGUGGUUCUCUAAUUUUUCCGGUAGCAGUGGUUUGGAGCAUGGAAAAGGGGCUAAGGCACUGUCCCAAUUUUCCUUUGUGAAUCGGGACCUUUGUUGGGAGGAACUUGAGUGGAAAGGGAAACAUGGGCAGUCACCUGCAAUGGUUGCUACAAAGCCACAGUACUUCCUUGAUCUGGACGUCCAACGGACAGUAGAGAAUUUUCUUGAAUACGUGCCUGAAUUUUGGUCAUCACGUGAGUUUUCAGACUCGUUAAAGGACGGUGAGAUUUUGGAUAUUGAUACGAAAUUCUUUGUCAAUUUGUUUGUUGACCUGAUGUAUAAAGAGGACUUGGAAGAAAUAUGGGAAGUUAUAGAUGAGUUCCUCACUGAGGAAUCGUUUUCAUUUUUAUGUCAUCACCUUCUUAUCAUUCUUAACGAGCAGGAGUUGCAGCUAUUCCUAGAUAUGAUCAGUAAACAUCUUAAUCCAAGGUCAGAAUCAAUCGAGUAUGGUAAUGCAUCUCAGUGGCUUGAGAUUAUACUUUCAAACUGCACUGCUGAUUGGACUAUCAAUCAGCUACUUCUACUGAAUGCAGUGACUACUCAAGGUCGGCAGCUCCUGCAUUUUGUGCGAGAGGAAGGUAGUUUGGACGUAAAGGAAAAGAUAAACAAAUUAGUUUUUCAGCUUUGUGAAUCAGGCAGUGCCAAUGAUUUGACACCAAUCAUGAAAGAAUGCUUUAACAGGAAAACAAUAGAAGCUAUAAUAUUGUUAGGUCUGCAGUCUUGGGCUAUUCAUUUUAGGCUGUCAGAGGAAUUUUGUUCUCCUGAAUCCUGGGAAUCUUUAUUUAUCAAUAAUGGGAUAAGGUUUCACAAGUCCAACAAGUAUACAUUGUUACACGACGAAAUUUCAGAAGAUUGUGGAUCUGAUUUAGAUGAAAGGUCUUCAAAGAGACUCAAGUCUAAGAAGAAAAGAAAACAAAAAAAGAAGAGGAGGAGGAGUUUUGAUCGAGACGAAAGUGAUGAAAAUGAGUUAAGAGAUUUUGAUUUGUCAAAUAACAGGCUGGAUUUACAAUCUAAGGCUGGUGAUUGGCUGCUUUCUACUGAUGGCUAUUCUACUACGUGGAGCAGUGUAGACCUGCCAGAACACCUGUCAAAGCAUUGCUUCUUUCUGUGGUUGAAGUGGGUUUUUGCCAAAUGGGGAGAUGUUGCUUGACCUUUCACUUCGACUUCAUGUCAAAAUUGUUGAACAGGGGAAAACCAUGAGUUUUAGCCCCUUCCAUGCAGUUGAUGAAACUUUUUUCAAGAUUUGCCCGGUAGAAAUUGAUCACAUUUGGUGCUAAGUUCAUAUCACAUACUACCACAUUGGUUGGAGGACCAUCCAUGUCGAUAAAGAUGUUGGCAUUUGUAGUUGUGGAAUGAUCUUACAUUGCUUAAUUGGUGUAAUGACUUCCAUGUUCGAUGUUAACAUUCUUGUUGGACCGGAUCAUGUUGCAUAAAGUGUCAUCAUUGGAGUUAUACUUUUGUGGCCAACUAUGUAGUCUAACCCAGGUGUUAAAAGUUUUGUUAUAGUAAUCAAAUGUUUGCCAAAGUGGAAGAAUGUUGGAAUAAUUCUAAUGUCGGCUUCUCAUUUGAUUGUUUAUAUUACGGGUUGAAUGUAUGACUCAUAAUGAUAUUUGUGAUUGGACCAAAUUUAUUAAAUGAUCAA